AAACUGAAAUUGAUAACAAAUUUAUUUCCUGUAUUUGACCCUUCAUCAAGCAUUUUUAACUUAUCAUUAAACUGAAUAAGUAAAUUUAGUGGAAUUUCAUUAAUUCCCUCUGCUUACAGAUCUUCUCGAUAAAACAUUUUUUGAAAUUCAAUUUUAAUAACCCUUCACUAAUAAUUUAAAACUUUAUUAGGACCUAGUGGUCAUUCAGGGUCUACUUUUUUUGUCUCAUUAUUUUCAUUAAUCUUAUUUAAUAAUUUUAUAGGUUUAUUUCCUUAUAUUUUUAAAAGAACAAGUCAUUUAACAUUAACUCUUACAUAAGCUUUACCUCUUUGGUUAUCUUUUAUACUUUACAGAUGAAUCAAUAAUACUCAACAUAUAUUUGCGCACUUAGUUCCUCAAGGAACACCAGCAGUUUUAAUACCAAUUGCUUUAAUAGUUCUUGAAUCAGCUGUAGCUAAAAUUCAAUCCUAUGUAUUUGCUGUUUUAUGAACUCUUUACUCUUUACAUUCAAACCACCCUUUUCAUUUAGUUGAUUAUAGCCCAUGACCUUUAACAGGAGCAAUUGGUGCUAUAACAUCUAUUUCAGGUUAAGUAAAAUGAUUUCAUCAAUAUGGUAUUUCUUUAUUUCUUUAAGGAAAUAUUAUUAUU